AUGGGUUCGGGGAUAUCGGUUUUUUCAACUAAAGGCAUAGCUUCAAAGUCAAAUGCUCCUCAAAUGAAUGUGUCGCAGGCCGACAGGAACUGGGAAGUGUUUAUAGGAGCUCUAAAUGAAUGGAAAAAACGACAUCGUACCUCGCCGGGGACGUUGGAGUGUAUGGCGUCAGGCUACACAUCUCUUGCUGAAUAUCAAAGAAUUGGCGUGACUUUCAAGCAACUCGUAGAUCGUUUGAACGCUCGGAGAACAUAUUCACAGCAGAUGUGGACUUCUGACAUGAAUUCAGUGCAGUUACUUCUGGACACUAGCCCUCUGCAGGUCACCCUUGACGUUGUUAAAGAGAACAUGCCGUUCCUUUUUUACUCGUCCAAGUCAGUUCCUUUUAAUGUGAUGUUGGAGAUUAUCUUGUCCAGCGCCGCUGGACUUUCAUGCGGUGCCUUGAGCACUUACACUUCACUCAAAAUGCUGGAUGAAAUGUGUUAUGAAAUUGACAAAUCCCUGAGUACCACCUUGAAGUCCACGGUGGCUUGUCUAAAGGAAUGCUUGGAUCUAUUUCCAGUGGAUAUUGUCAGCGCCAAGAACGAUUACUAUAACUGUUCGGAACCUAUUUUGGCGCCAUUCAUCUCAUGUCUUGCAGCUACAAGCCGAAAGUUUAACUUUUUUGUUUCACUUGAGGAACGUGUGAAGAUGCUAAGCGACGUGAAAAGUUUUAGUUCUCCAGAGGAAUUGAUUAACGCGAUAAGGUGCAUCUCAUCCUUAAUUUCCGAAUUACUCGCGUGUUUCACAUUUAGGGUGCUUCUCCAUAUUGCACGAUUUAUACAUGCGGUUCCAGGGCUGAGGAAAACCGAUGAAGAGAGGGAUAAUGGGGCGAAUAAGAAGAGUUCACUUAACGGUGUUGGACUGGACUUACGCGGCCUUGCAGAGCACGUUAUUAGCGUCUGCAAGGGUUUUGAGAAGCUGCCAGGAGAUGGUUUCACAAACUGCCGGCGUCACUACCCACAUGUGUUUGCAUUUAGCGAUUAUUUUCUCCAAUGGACGGAAUCAGAAGGGCGCCCACCAACGAUUACUGUUGUUGUUAACGCUUUGUUGAAGCAAAUGUUUCUCUUUGCUGGCGGGUUAAGAAGCAUUGCCGCUGACGAGAAAGUAUUUCGCUUGAAGAGCUUACAAGGUGAUAAUGCAUUGAAUAAGCAUUCUUUGCGUUUAAAGCAACCAAACAUGCCGGCAAUGAGUACAUCUGCUUAUAGGUCCAACGAUGCUUUAUUAACAGAGGAUAUUUUAUUGACUUCUGCUUUGCGCGUGGAUGUCGUGAGCUGGGCCACUGUGAUUGUGAAACUUUUGAGACUCCCGUCAGAUGUAAGAGGCCCUACAGAUACUGUGACAAAUGCCGUGAUGGGUGCAAAUAUCUUACGCACCUUGUAUCAGUACAUGGGUCUUCUUCCUUUUGGGGCAUUCUGCCCAAGAAAUAUUUUACGAUGGAUUGAUAUUUUCCCGCUUUAUACGCUGAAUGAAGAGGCUAUACGAACCAUAUUGUUCCUGUACAGUCGAGUUGCAGAGCAGGAAACGCGAAUUAUGCGCCCUAUUGAUCGUUCAGAUGCACUUCGCUCGGUUAUGCGUGCUGUGAAAGGUAUUGAGCGCGCCGUCGUUCGCAAUGCAACCACUAAAGUUGUUGCUGACAUUAUUGUCCCUGAAUUUGAUUCUGAAACCCCUCUCUCGUCUGACAAUGACUUCCAGAGGUCUCGUUGCGGCAUGAUGUAUGAAUCGCUGACGGAAAAUUGCAUUUCCAAAAUGAGGCCACCUGUUGACAUUACUGAUUGUGCUAAGCUCACUUUCAUUCCCCAGCUUCUUGCCCACGUGUCGCCCUACAUUCUUAGCAAAGUGGCUGACGUGCUUUCCGCGGCGCAAAUUAUGGAGCUUGCAUCGAGAGCAGGUGCGUUGGUGCGAUGGAGUUCCGCCGCUAACUUGAAAGACCCGCAGAAAGGCGAUGUCCUCUAUGUGGAAGCUCUUGUAGAAGCAGGACAAGGUGAUGGUAAAAGGAAAAACAUCGCGCGUCAGAAUGCCACCAAUGAACCAUCCUUACCUCAAUCAGCCUUUGGUGACCCGAUAUCGCGGUCCAUGCGAGAUUCAUUUACAAGUACUCUUCAUAAAAAUCGAAGCAGCAAGAACUUGGUAAAGAACACAUCAGGUAAAGUUACAUACCGUUGGGCAAUUAUUUGGUCUCUUCAAGUCCGCGACGAUGAACAUGUGAUUAUAUUUGGUGGAAAUGUGGAAAUUCCAUCAGGUUUUUCUCCCAUAAGUAUCAACCUUGUGGGACACUGCGUCCCGCUAUUUAUUAGACCAGGGUCCGAGGAGGUUUUUUGGACAAAUCCUGAUUUUGAAUACAAUUUGGAUAACGUCCGGUUACAUUUACUUCCCUUUACAAUUGGGUGGCUUCUCGGUAACGGCGUCGCCAACGAAGUGCCGUUUGGAAUACGCAUUGCGCCGUUGGCGUUUCAUUUUAUUGCAUUUGUGCUGAACUUUAAUGCAUCUUUGAAGGAACUACCGGAAGAGAUGGGUAACUUAACGCUUGUGUACGAAGACUUAUUCACCCAAUUUAAGGAAAUAAAUAAAACGCGAAUGGGAAGAAUGUUUGACGAUUUUUCCGAUGAUGGUACCUCUGCGGAGACGCAUGACUCUCCUUCACCUACUGAUUUAGUCGCCAAUAUUAUCAUGAACCUCGACAAGGACAAAGCGAAUUCAUUGAGGUUCUGGGAUGAAGUGGCACGUGGGUUUAAAUUUACAGCUCUUGGGCACAGUCCAUUGUUGAAGAAUUGCUGCUCUCGUGUGGUACAAAACGUCCUCUGCGGCUUAAGCUCGGUGGAUGAAACUUAUAAGGGCGGAUUUGGAUGGGAAAACUAUUUUGUUUUUCUCCCGUUACCUCAAUUGGCCGAUCUCCCAUACGGCGACCAUGUGGCUCGCAUCAUGCGAAAAUGUCUGAAGGAUGACUUUGUUGGGGAAGAAGUACGUCGGCUGUUAAUGUUCUUCACUGGUCAGUCACGAUUGCCGGCAUCGCCUUUAACAAACUGUAUAUUCCUGAUUUUCGAACCAGCCAGCGUGUUGCCCGCUGAUGGUGGGCAUAAGAGCGAUGUCACAGAUAACUCUUCGUUACAGAUGUUGCCAAUGUUAUGGCAGGGACACCAUGUCCUUGAACUUCCUAGUUCGUUGGAGGCGGUACUCGUCGGUUCGCGUGUCACUGAUACGAGCCCAGAAGCAUACGCGGCGGCGUGGCUAGGGCGGUCCCCUGAGAAGCAGUCUAGUGCGUUAGAAACAUUUAAAAGCAUCCUAAAGGAAAAACUGCAUGCUACCGCAAGAGAUGUUGACAUGCAGAGUGGUAGAGGCGGCGGCGGUAGGAGGCAUCCACAGCAACGAAGAACGGAUUCAAAGUCUAUGGGGAGCAGCAUUGCUGUGCCCAAAAAUGAGAAGCAAGAGCCUGAGGGUUCUGCUUCAGGUGGUCCCAGUAGGAGGACGACAUCAGCGUCAUUGGUCAAUGUAACCUCAAAUGGAAAUGCAACUGACACUCCGAAAAAUAGUAGGGAUAUCGCAAGGUUGGGCACUGCGCCGCCAGUUUCUAUUCAAAAAGAGGUUGUGGUCACUAGCACCCGCAACGACAUGAAUGACGCGGACGACAUGGACAAAACGCCUGUGAUAGUCUCAAAAGUGCCACCGUCCCUAUUUUUAGGUUUGACGAAGACAAGUGGAUCGCCACCGAGCAAUGCGACGGUGUGA